AUGGAAUGUGGCAAGGCCUUUAUUCACCAGUCAGACCUUACCAAACAUCACAGAAGCCAUACUGGAGAGCAACCUUACCAAUGCAAAGAAUGUAGCAAGUCCUUUUCUAAAAAGACAAGACUUAUCCAACAUCUCCGAAUCCAUACUGGAGAGAAGCCUUACCAAUGCAAAGAAUGUGGCAAGGCCUUUACUCAGAAGUCAGGCCUUAACCAACAUCACAAAAUCCAUACUGGAGAGAAGCCUUACCAAUGCAAAGAAUGUGGCAAAUCCUUUACUCGCCACGCAAGCCUUAUCCGUCAUCUCCGAAUCCAUACUGGAGAGAAACCUUACCAAUGCAAAGAAUGUGGCAAAUCCUUUACUCACCACGGAAGCCUUAUCCAACAUCUCCGAAUCCAUACUGGAGAGAAACGUUACCAAUGCAAAGAAUGUGGCAAAUCCUUUACUCACCACGGAAGCCUUAUCCAACAUCUCCGAAUCCAUACUGGAGAGAAGCCUUACCAAUGUAAAGAAUGUGGCAAAUCCUUUACUCGCCACACAUGCCUUAUCCAACAUCUCCGAAUCCAUACUGGAGAGAAGCCUUACCAAUGCAAAGAAUGUGGAAAAUCCUUUACUUGCCACACAAGCCUUAUCCGUCAUCUCCGAAUGCAUACUGGAGAGAAACCUUACCAAUGUAAAGAAUGUGGCAAGGCUUUUACUCAGCAGUCAGGUCUUAACAAACAUCACAAAAUCCAUACUGGAGAGAAGCCUUGCCAAUACAAAGAAUCUGGCAAAUCCUUUACUCAACACUCAACCCUUAUCCAACAUCUCCAAAUCCAUACUGGAAAGAAAGGAACCCUGGACCUGCUGGGGCUGAACUCCAGCACCGUUAAUUAUAAGGAAUAA